AUAUGCUGGAUCUCCCCCAAUUAGAGUAAACCCUAAUCGUUCUGUUUCUAUAGCUUUCUUUCUCUCUCUGGAAGCGGAUCAGAUCAGGAACUUGCCCUAGUGUGUGUGGCGUAGAUCGGACAUGGCGACUGAUAGCACAGGCGCGAAAUCGAGCUCCUCGGGUGCGGAUUCGUACGUAGGGAGCUUGAUUAGCUUGACAUCCAAGAGCGAGAUCAGAUACGAAGGCAUCCUUUACAACAUCAACACCGAUGAAUCCAGUAUCGGACUCCAGAACGUCCGAUCCUUUGGAACCGAAGGAAGGAAGAAAGAUGGUCCUCAAGUUCCCCCUAGUGACAAAGUUUACGAGUACAUAUUGUUCCGUGGAACCGAUAUCAAGGAUUUGCAAGUCAAAGCCUCUCCACCUGUACAACCUCCAGCUCCACCUGCUAUAAACAAUGACCCUGCUAUCAUCCAGUCUCACUACCCUAGCCCUAUGCCUACAUCGAGUAGCUUGCCUCCUGCUGCGAGCAGUCCACCUGGACAGCAUGGGAUGGGAUUCCAAAACUCAAUGCCUUUGUAUCAGCCUGGUGGAAAUGUUAAUUCCUGGGGAGCGUCGCCACAACCGCCAGUGUAUUGGCAAGGAUUUUACUCACCACCUCCUAAUGGUCUUCCCCAAUUGCAUCAGCAGUCUCUGAUUCGACCCCCUCAUGGACUGCCAAUGCCCAGUUCUCUGCAGCAAUAUCCUAACUUUAAUGCCCCUACACCUGCUGGUUCAUCAACUUUUCAGGGUUCAAGCUUGCUGGAACCACCCUCUUCAUUGUUUCCUUUUAGCAGUAGUUCUCAAACUCUAGCACCCAGUUCUUUGCCUUUUACUAGUCUACCUAUGACGCUGUCUUCAGGCCUGCAAUCAACAAUGCAAUCAGCACCAUCUCCUUCCCUAGCUUCAGAGAUGGCACCUCCUUUGUUUUCUAACAAAGCUCCUGUUUCUUUGCCUCCUGCCCUUCCUCAGGAUACUAACUUGCUUCCCUUUUCUGUACCAACUACUAGAGCCACCGAUACAAGUGCUGGCCUUCCACUCUCUAACAAGCCUAGUGUAGUUACUGCUCCUGUUGCUGGAGUUUCUAGUUCCGUUAGCCAAGAUCAGCCAAAACCUUUGUUGGUUACUCCUGGCCAACUGCUGCAAUCUGGAUCUGCUGCAGUCUCUUUGUCCCCGCCCUCUAACAAGGCGGAUAAAGAUGUUGAGGUGGUUCAGGUAUCAUCAUCAGCUGGGUUGGAACAAUCUGCUCCAGUUACAUCAGAAGCCCAACCUCCAAUACUGCCAUUGCCUUCAUCUGCAAGGCCAACUCAGAAGCCAAACGGGCAUUCGUACCCAACCCAUAAUGGUUACAGAGGACGUGGGAGAGGAAGAGGAAGAGGAGCAGGGAGAUCACACCAGGUGAUGAAAUUCACUGAAGAUUUUGAUUUCACGGCGAUGAAUGAAAAGUUCAAUAAGGAUGAAGUAUGGGGUCAUCUUGGGAAGAGUACUAAUGAUGAUGGUGAUGAUGAUUCUCCAAUCGUAGAGGAAUCUGAGCUGCCAAAGAUCGAGGUCAAACCUGUUUACAACAAAGACGACUUUUUCGAUAGCCUCUCAUCAAAUACGAAUGACAGAGAUUCUCAAAAUGCAAGGCCUAGGUUCUCAGAAUUACGGAAACUAGAUACUGAGACAUUUGGUGAGUUCUCAAGAUUCAGAGGAGGCCGGGGAGGGCGUGGUGGCUAUGGUCGGAACGGUCAUUCACGUGGUGGUUAUGGUGGGCGUAGCUAUGGCGGCUAUAAUGGACGCGGUGGUGGUGGUGGCGGCGGCUAUAAUGGAUAUGGUGGUCGUGGCCAAGGGAGAGGAGGAGGUGUAUCAAAUCGUUCUUCCUAAAAAUUGUACUAAAAGGGUCCUCUAAUGACUCGAAUCGGAUGGAGCUCAUGAUAUGCUUUUGAGUGCUUUUGGUAUGUUGCAAUAAAACAAAACUUGAGUCUUAUGUAAUGCUUUUCCUUGUGAAAACCUUCCCUUGUGUGGGUUUCGAGUGUCCCAAACGGAUCUUUGUCUAAAGUUUGGUAAUACCGUUCUUCAGUAUUCAAUGUCAUUUUGAACUUUUUGUAGACUUUGACAUUUUGUAAAAUGCAUUUUCUUAGCUU